UUUCUAAAAGACUUUCGGAUUUUAAGCUGAAACGGUCUAUUUUAUGGCUGCCAGGAUAACUAUAAGUUCCAGCGCAUAUCAAAACACUUAUUAUAAGAACGCGGGACAAACAGGAUCUUUUAGUCACAUUUUAAGCAUUUGUUUUUUUGUAUGUAUCAUGACGAAUCAAGUGCUUAUACUCGCUUUGAAGAAAAAUUAAUACCUGCCGCGUGAUAUUGAAGUUGGAAGGCGGCUCUACAAUGGAGUGUGACAGGAGAGCAUUAAGUCUGACUUGUGGUCGCUUCAGUAAACAACGGUAUAUUGUGGAUGAUCAAACGUUGUUUUCCAUGUUACAAUGACUUACAGAAUUAAAAAACAAGGUUUUGUAAUUAACUUCAAAGAUUUUUAACGAUUAAAAUAGUUUGUCAUUUUUCUUCAUUGUUUAUGUUCGUCACUGCGUUAGGGAUAAAGAAAAAGUCUUUCAAGGUUUGUUUUGUUUAUUUGGAUGUCUUUCGUCUGGUAGGUUAUGUUGGUUCUUGUUCACAAGAUUAUGUGGAGAUGAGUAUGAGAAGAUAUUAGAUAGGCUGUAUUUUUACUUGUUUUUCAUAUGUAACUUUUUUUAUCAUAUCUUCAUACACAGGAUGUGUGCUAGGGUUGCACGGGGGAAGCUUACGAACGAUUAGCGGUCACAAACGAUGCAACCCUCGAACUUCGUCGAUUACAUUGCGUUACGCUAUACAAGAAUUCUCAUAAAUUAAAUAAAGCUUUUUUUCACGGGAAUGAAAGGUCUUUGUGAUAUUAAUAAAACGUCUUUAUCUGAGAGAUGAAUAGAAAAUUCGCUUUGCAUUACUCAUAUUUUCUCUGUUUAAAUCUGUCAUCGCGCAGUGAAUUUGAAGAAUAUCCGAUUUGUCACUGCUUGUCUAAAAGUUAUGUACUCAUCUCUUAUUUAGCGAGUUGAUAAUCGCGUUUUGCGACAGUGAAGAAGUCACACUAAAAAAAUUUUUUUCAGCUCAACUUUUGUAAUUUGAUAAAGUUAGCAUUUCGCAAGACAAGAAAAAAUUUGUUUACAAAUCUUGUUCUACCGUCCUGGGAUCAGGUUUCUCUUUUAAGAAAAAUCAGUGUAUUUGAUCUUUUGUGGAUCUUUUGUUCGGCGAUCAAUCCUUGUGAAUCACUAUUGGGUUCUCCUCCGUGAAUAAAAACUCGAUAUAUUUGAUAUAGCAUUAGUUAUUCAUAAAUCUCCACAGGAGGGUCUUUUGUGUCGAUUAUAAUUUGCAGUAGGAAUAAAUUUAAUAAUUAAUGACGUACCACUGUUGCCAUGGAAAGUAAAUACAAAUGUAUUGUUCAGUUGUAGUAAUCGUUCAAUGGUUUUUUUUGAGAGGAAGGGUUGCAUCAAAAUGAAUCGACAAGGACGUGUAGUUAGAUGAAUGUUUAUUAAAAUAAGUGGUCAAAUGUUUUCAAUGUUUUUUGUAAACUAACUGAAAACUGAGUUAUUUUUGUUUUUAAUUUAUAAAAUCGUGUUUGUAUUUUACUUGUUUCUUUUAGAUUUGGUCGUAUUUCACAAUGUUGUUAGUGUAUUGGCAAACUUUUUUUACGUCAUUUAAGCGCAUUUAAUUUUUAAUUUUAGUCGUCGGGAGCCACUAUUUUAUUUUUAGUUUUUGUUGUUGUUUUUGUAGUAAAACCUAAAACAAAAACAGUUUUUUUUUCAGUUUAGUCAUAUAUUUACUUUUUCCAAACUUUUUUUUAGAUUUAUAUAUAUGUCACCUGCGUCUUAUCAAACAAAAACUUUUCAGAAGUAUUUACACAAUCAAAGAUUUUAAUAAAUAUUGAGACAUUCCAUCCAGAAGAAAGAUUUUACUCAUUAUUUGAAGCUUAUUUUUAAUAACUGCAUCAGAAGAUAUUUAUGCAGCAUCAUGUUUAAAUUUGUUAUGACAAAAAACAGCAAUGAAAUUUUUCAUCGUGCUAUUCUUCAUAAUGAUUUAAAGCGGGUGAAGUUGAUUUUAGAAGAAGCUAUGAAAGACCCAAGGUUUAACAUCGAUGAUGUCAAUGAUGAAGGUCUUACUGCUUUACAAUUUAGUUGUUUUGCAGGAAACUUAGAAAUGGUAAAAGUGUUAGUCUCUUAUGGAGCCAACUGGAAGAUACGAGAUCGAGAGGGUUAUACUGUUUUGCAUGCUGCCUCUCUGACAGGCUGCGCAGAUGUUGUCACUUACUUGCUUCGUCUUGGCCUUAAACCAACACUUAAAACUGAUGAUAGCACUAUGCCAAUUGAUGUAACAGAUGAAAUUUCCAUUAUUGUGAUAUUGCUACGUGCAAUGCUGGAUCAAGGUUAUUUGCGAGAAAUGCAAGAUUAUAUGAUGGAUCAUCCUAAAUUGAAACGCAACAUUUUUCAAGAAUUAGAAAAAGUAAAAUGCAUUGAAAAAGAAAAAAAUGAAAUUCUAAAAGAUCUUCCUUACACUUCUCAUAUGACAAGAAAACAACCUAGUUGUGUGGAAAAGCUGAAAACUUCUGAUGAUGUUAAGGGACGGUCACGAAGCACAUUCUCUGAGUUUUCAGAUUCUAUGCAACAUUUAAACCUCUUAGGUAAAGAUUAUGACACUAAUAAUAAUAACUAUAACAAUCAAUCAGAAUUUACAGAAAGUUCAACAUCAUAUGAUUAUGUUGAUUAUCGGCCAAGACUUCGCAGACAAAGCAGCACCAGUAGUACUAGUAGUCAUGGUUCAAAAGCAUCACAUAACUCCACUGGCAGUGGAAUUUUAAGAAAUGAAAGCUAUAAUUAUGAUACACAUGGAAAUUUGCAAAGGUUUUUGGAAAACCGUUACCCAAUUCAUCAGAAAUCUGUAACAUUUGACUUAAAUCGAAGCGAUAGUCACCGCGCUUAUUCUGAUGGAUAUAUUAGUGAUUGCAAGUCAGUAUCAUCAGAUUAUGACAUUGAUCCACCUAGUAGAAGAGCCUACUCUGAUGGGUAUAUUAGUGAUCAUUAUGAUGAUAACAUUAGAUCCAAUGUGUCUUAUAACUACUCUUGUACACAUGAACAAAAUGGCCGUCAACAUAAAUUAAUUGAAGAACCUUUAUAUGAAAAUACACAAUCUUUAAAACUAAAAUCAAAUGCCCUAGCAACAAUAAACGAAUGUCAUCAUGAGCAUGCACCACCAAGACAACAAGGGCCGCCACCUCUACCACCGAGGCAGAUGCAUCAUGAUAGUAAUGAUCAUUCUGGUUCAGAGAGACAAUUUGGAUCUGAAACAGACAGUGGUAUAGAUAUUAACGAAACAUCUGGAAGACUGCAUGCUCUGUCGAUUGAUGAACAAAAUGAUAUUAACCAACGAUCUUUAAGUUUUUCACAGCCAAUGGGAUUAUUUUCCUCUGAUCAAUCUGAGACAACACAAAGACAUUCCUCUGCAGAUGAUAACCUUCCAUGUGGGUUUUUUGUCAGAGCAACUGCAAACAAUGCGAAUUCAAAAUAUAAAAGUUGGAAUGGUAGGACUUUGCAAAAUGAAGGGCAAUUUGCACCGUAUGCUAGCCAUAGAAGAAGGACAUCUAGAAAUGAUGCUUAUGAACAGCAAUAUCAAGAACAAAGUACUCAAGGGAAUGCAAUUUUUAACACAAGAAAUGAUUACAAAAACUUUUACCAGGAGAAUAACGAAAAAGUAUAUAAUUUUGAUCAUCAACCUGAAAUCAUGUUGUAAAACUUGUGUUGUAAUCUUUUAUGGAUAUUCAUAAUCUUUCAGAGAUAUGUCUAACCAGAGAUCACUAUUUGUUAUAGUUAAGGGCACUUUGAUUUCAGUUUUAGGAUAUUAUAUUCCAAGAAAUUAUUAUUUUGUUUUUAUCAUUUAUAAAAUUUAGCAAAUCACGAAUCAUAUAUUUUUUUAAAUUAUAUAUAUAUAUAUUAUAUACAUAUUUAUGUUUAAAGAUUUGCGUUUUAUUUUUCAAUGUAUAUAUGUCAUAUAGCUAUGAUUUUCUGUGUGAGUAUUAGAAAAGUUUUAUCACACUGUGCAAGGUAAAUAAAUAUAUAGCUAUACAAUAUUCUAACAUAUAUAGUUAUCUACACUUCAAUUUUUAUUUUCUCGAAUGAUUUAAAAGAUAUAUAAUGAAUAAAAUCAUUUUAACAAAACACAGGGUGCAACAUUAAAUUUAUGUUGCAGCAUGAUUGGACCAAUUAAAUACAUAGGGUCAAGAUAAAGUUAUGGACGUUAAAAUAACCUUGAUUUUACUAAUAAAAUGUUAUUCCAUCAUCGUAAAUUUCCGAAGAAAAAGGGGACUCUAGGCUUAUAAUUUUACUUACAUGGCAAAGGUUUUAUUUUUGUAAACUUUCUAUCCUAUUUGUAAAAAAAACAUCUGCGAAAAACAACAACAAAUAACACCCAGAAAACUAUAAGUUUAACUAGCUACAAGCUACAUAACAGAUCGUUAAAAAGAUUUACAACUCUGCGCUCAACCAUAUAAUUAUACCAAUUCCCCGCUCACUUUGUAUUUAAUUACUGUAACGACAUCCUAUUAUUACUAUUAAAGUAAUUUUGUCACGAUCUAUUAUGGGAUAAGUUAAGCAAUAUAUUGGCAUAUCACCGCUACCAUGUUGGAUUACCUUUGGGCAGGGUUACUCGCGCACUCUUCACCGGAGGUGUUAUAGGCUAAAUCUUUUGCUUGAGAAAUAUCUUCCGCGAUUUCAGGCUAAAAACGGUCUAUUGUUUAACGAUAGAAAAGUAAGAUUAAUGGCAAGCCUGGUUAGAUUGAUAUUCUUAUAAAAACAGCGUAUACGAGACUUUUUAUUGCAGCAAAUACAGCAAUCUGAAAUAUGUGUCAUUAUUAUUAUUAUUAAAAUUAUUUACCUAGGAUAGCCCCUUGAGUUCCUAUUGAUACUGCUAUCAACAAGGGUCUUGCGAAGGGAGUCCUAGUGCUCCCAUCUACGAAAGGCGUGCAAGCACAGCAAUCGCUCAACUAGACAUCCGCUUUAAAUAUCAAUCCUAUUCUCCACCUUCGUCCCCAGGGUAUUUUGUCUUUUUGAUAUAUAAGAAAAGACGACGUCAUCUCUAUAUCUAAAAUGCAAAAAAUCCUGGGGCGAGGGUGGCCCAUUCUCUUGCUGAACGCUAAGCAGAGAAAAAUUCACAAUUUUAUAAUCUCUGCCGGGGUUUGAAGCAUCGGCCCAGGUUUAAACAACCCAAGAUCUCCCGUUCUGGGGAAGCUUUAUUACAAGGCUAUCAGUCGUUGAAAAUGAUUGAUUGAUUGAUAUAAGAGUGUGGCUGGCUUGUAUGUCAAAAUCUAGCCUUAUAACAGGACACUGGGUUAAGGAAAAGUUAUAUUUUAAAAAUAUGUGUAGGUAAAACAGUCAGAAAUUAUGUUACGGAUAGAUAAGGCUAAGAGUCUCUGACGCGAUUGCUGUCCCAAGGGCCUUUUACCUUUCCCGUCUUCUCUUAGAUCAAAAGAUCAAAAAUGGAAACGAGGAUAACAUCAUGUUAUUAUAAAGACUUGACAUAUCUUUCUGUUCGUGCUUAUUUUACACAAAGUUUCGUCUCACACAAAAUAUGUUUUGUCUACUUCGGCUUAUAAGGUCACACACACUACAAAAGGAUGCGUUUGUUAUUAUUUAUGACAUCUUACAAUAAUGUUUGUUUAUAUUAAUCCACACUUCCCAAAUCUUACUUCAAAAUAUUUUGAUAUCCUGUUACUACCAGACAUUUAAAAGCCUUUACAAUAACAUCUAGCAUAUUUUUUAUGUCAAAACUCACAAAUUUAUAUUUUCUGUACUACUGCUAUUAACAAGGUUAACUUUAUGUCUAUCUGACCUUGAUCCCAGGUCCUGUAGUAUUUUCUAUAUGAGGAUGAAACGCACACAUACAAGUACGUAAUAUUUGCGUAACUUCACAGUAUUACCUGCCUGUGCCCGUUUUUAAAAAUUUAAAAGUCCUGGUAAAGAGGGUGUAUUUUAUACAAUUCACACAGAAUAAAACAACUUUAAAUCAGGCUAUGAGAAAAACUGAACAUCUUUUGUUUAUGCGCUGUCGUGACUUUUUCUUUACGAAGGUAGAAUUCAAUCAACUUAAUUGACGAGAUUAAAUUUAAUCAGAAUGGAGUUUUUGUCGCUGCAUAAAAGUCUAUUAAUUCAAAAGAAUAAUUAAAAAUAAUGGAUAAGGAAUAAGAAUAAGUAAUACCGCGGUUGGUAUAAUGAGAGAUACAAAAUUAUAUUUUUCAUUAGGGUUUGUUGGAUUUCCUAAUCAGGUUUCUUGCCGUUUAAAAAACAUCUUACAGACCUUGGAAACGAGGUUGUCUAGACGUUAAAAACCACCUGCAUUACAUUCAGAUAAAAACAGAAAAAAAAUAUCCGAACCGAUA